GAGGCGCGUUAAUUGAUGGGCUCUCUUCGCGGGGCGGACGGGUAGGUGGUCUGUGCGCUGCCAUCCAUUCCCCACAAUCUCAGGGUCUCUGCCUUUUCCUCCUCUUCUCCCAUGUUGAGAGAGGAAACCAUGGCAUGGCUACGUUUCCUGCUCUUGGCCCUUUUUCUCUUUGUGGAAUAUAUGCGCCUUGAAUUCUGCCUUCGAUUUUUUACCCAACUCCGAACGGGAUCCUCGGAAACAAGCGUUUCCUUGUGUGUAUUCUGCAGUCCACUUUGGGACGGGCCUGCAUUUGUCUGUCACUUCCCGCCAAGUUGCCUCGGUCUAAUCCCUCUUGCAGCCAUCUUCUCUUGCUGGCUUCAGCCUAACGACGAGCAUUUUGAAAUCGGACGCUUGUUUGCGUCCCAAUACUCAUGCUCAUGUGGAACCAGAUGGAAGAUUAUAGGCCUGCCUACUGCCAACCGGAGUGUCCUAGCUAUGAUUACUUUUACUCGCACUCGUCAAGCAAACGUAUCCUCUACCCGGCAUCCUCCUUCCGGACCGGACCAACCGCUACACGAGUCCCAAGCCCGUGGUUCUCCAGUUCUCGGGCGAAAGCUUGUGCGAAACAAGGAUAUUGGCAAUAAAGCUUGUGCAUACAGGCAUCAUUCGACAGCACGUGCGUGUCUCUUGUCGAGGGUAAGGAAAACACUUGGCGAAGGAGGCUAUCGAGGUGCUUGAGUGCUUACCAAGUUGCGCACACGAGAGCGACAUUAGCUCAGGCACAGAGCUAGAAAUGCCAACACCAGACAAGCAUUGUGGCGCCUGUGCCAAUCUGUUGGAGCAAAUUCCCCACGUGCCUGCAGUCUGCCUGUAGUGACCCUUUUUUCCCUCAGAAUCCCCGCCUGUGAGCCCCAGACACUAAUCCGAACCAGCCUGUCAUAUUCCGUUUAUUACGAAAUCCCUACGAAGGAGCGCACAUGAUGUUUGGUUGUCUGUCAAGCUUGGAGUUGGAGCUUCAACUGACUUGGGGGACCGCAUCUGGUGAUGUGCUGUGGUAUUCGUCAA